AUGAUGCAGAAAUUUCUCAACCAGUACCAUUACAUCUCGACAUCGAGGUCUGGCAAUCACAAUGUUGAUUUAGCAAUCAGACGUUUUCAGCGAUUCGCUGGUCUCAAGGUAACUGGAAAACUUGAUCGUGCCACCAUCGACCAGAUGAAAAAACCGCGAUGUGGAUUGCCAGAUGACGAAGAAGAAGGUGGUCGCGUGCGCCGAUACACAUUAACUGGUGAUAGUUUUUGGUUAAUUAUUGCAAUUGACUUUAUGUGUUUGUAUAUUGCAACGCGUCUUACCUUAACCAAUACUCUAUUCUUUAAAGGAAAAGAUGCGUGUAAGACAAGGAAAGAACCUAAAUACGUAUGAGAAACACACGAAGUGUCAAGUAUUUGCCCCUUUUAACUUCAAAAAACGAUAUCAAAAUAAAAGAAAGAAAAUUAAAAAGAAUAAAUGAAUAGAAAUAAUCAUCUAACAACAGAGAAAUUUAAGUCUCUAGUAAAUCUUUGCUUUUUUACGAAAAUAUGCAAUUUUUUUUUUUUUAGUAACAGACAGCCAAAUUUUAUUAAAUACUAAAUACAUUUUUGUUUCAUCCCUAUUAUGCAGGCUCCAAGUGGAGCAAAACCAGCUUGACUUAUUUCGUCGAGUAUGGUGAAGACCUGAGUCAUGACGAACAGGACACAAUUUUUCAAAAGGCUUUGCAGUUUUGGUCUGAUGUGUCUGCAUUGUCAUUUAGCACAGCUACCAGUUCCUCUGCUGCCGACAUCAAAAUAAGGUAGCAAUUGCUUUUACAAAACACAUUUUUUAUUUGGAUGAUGGCUUUUCUAUGUCUUAAGACCUAUAAACACAACAAAUGUAGUCAGUUGUGAUGUAGUUCGUUAUCGACGUUCUGUUUCAUAUUACUAGCUUCAUCAGGCGAUGAGGUCGACUUUCGGCUCACUUUUUAAGGCACGCGACGAUGCUACGCUAUGAUUGGUUAAUUUUCAGCUGUAUUCGUGAGGUACACGUCAAAUGCAUUAUCAUUAUUAUCAUUAUUAUUAUUAUCAUUAUUAUUAUUAUUAUCAUUUUUGAAUAAUAAUAAUAAUAAUAAAUUAUUAUUAUUAUUACAAGUGAUGCCGGUAAAAGUAAAUUAGAAUUGUUUUAAACUAUAUAAAGCUCCGAGUUUAAACCUUAAAAUAAUUUGAUCAAAAAGGAUCAGCUUUUUCGUCCUUCUUUAGUGCCGCAUAUUAAUACGAUGAAUCACGGCCCAAGGCUGUCUGCUAUAUUGAGAAGUGAUUCCAUUUGAUAUUAUUGAAACGAAUGAAUAAAAAUUGAUCGCUCUUUUGGAUAUUCAAAUCACGUCCGGUAACUUACAAAUCAUGUCAAAGAGAAUGUAGAAUCAACUAUUACAGCUGAUUCUUAAGUCGCGGCACAAACCGAUUAAUAAAAUGGAUUUACGAAGAGAGAUACGAAUUGCUCUUACUGUAAAGAAAACACCGACUUAAUCACAGCCUGCAAACCACUAAGCUGAAUAUUAUGUCAUGUUAGGCCCCUUACAAACGUGGAAUUUCUUAUGAGUGCCGAACAUCUAUUUUAGUUGAUGAAAGUAAUUAAUUUUUUUAUACCUGCGCUUAUAUGUAAAUAUGUUUUUACUUUAAUUUGUAUUUAUUUAUUUUGUGUCCCCUAAUUAGCAUAGGUUUUUAACCUAAGCUAGGAGGCUUCUUUAGACACCUUAAUAAAGUUUCAUCAUCAUCAUCAUACGGCAGUUGAUUCAGACGUCGGAUAUGAUGGUGCCGAAUUUAAUUCUGUUUGUUGUAAAUAUUUCCAGUCUCUAAAAAAAAUUAUCCAAUACGGAUAAGGGUUUCUAUGAUUAAUGCAUUGUAUUCGGCAGAUGUGAAAUGCCACUUCUAGAUGAAAUGUUGAACCUAAGUCGAAUUUUCGACUGUUUCAGUCGCAGAUUUGACAAAGUCGUCCGAAAGACGUCCUAUCUCAAAGCUGAGUUACCUCUCGAAUGAAAUUAGGCACAUGUGAAAAUUGACGAUUGAGCUGGGUAAUGAUAACAGUGCCCAAUAUUACUAAAAAUACCGGUGGAUACGCUGAUACAUACCGCAUUUUUUAUAUUACUGUAAACUUUACUUUCAGUUUACCACAUUAUGUUACUAGCUAUUUGCACCGUAAAAACGAGAGCAAAAAAGAGAACCGUAUGACCGCACGAUUCUCUCCCUUCUUGUAAGGGUGACUUUUCAUUGGUCGGAAAAACACAUUAACACAAUAUUUUUCCUCAUUAUUUCUAUUGUUUUAGGUUAGGGUAGCAAGCCAUUUUUCUUUUAGGGUUAGAAGAGCUGCUACAUGACCUCUCUCCCCGGAAUGAAGAAUAAAUAUAUCCUUUUAGUUUUUAGAGUUAUCCUUUAUUAACAAACGUUGAACAUUUAUUUCGGCAACAAACAGUUAAGUUGAAAAAGGAUUUUACAGAAGUCUCAAGACUAGGUCUCCUUUUCGAUUUUACCUUACAAUAUCGGUCAAUUUACGCAACAUUUAAGCUUCUGGCUCAGUUUUCGUUUGGUUCUGCUUUGAAAAUGGAAUAAUAAUUACUCAGAGACAACACAGUGUAAAGAAUUGUCGAGAAAAACAGCAAAAACUUGCCAAUUUAUGACAAAAAAGGUACGUUAAAAGCGAAAUAAAACAUUCAAAACACUUUGAUCGCGUGACUGAUGACGUCAUGUAUCUCCUUUGAUCAUGAAAAAAAAUAUCAGGAAGAACAUUACUUUCCCGCAAAUUUUCUCUGCCGUGUGAUGGAAGGUUGACUCUCUACAGCCCCCGGCCUAGUCUCCCGACUUUUUCCCUCAUGUUCAUUACUCCCUUAAAUUUUAGAUGCCGGACUUCAACUGGUUAUUUUUAAAUGCCCCACACAACUAAAACCACAAAUAUGCUAUUUUCUUUAGACUCGUUAAUGGAAUCUUGUCACAGCAACAAAAAAAACUAAUUCCGAAAUAGUCACGUGACUGAUGACGUCAUUACCUUAGAUUUGACAUGGGAGGAUAUUUUAUGGCAAAUGUUAUCUUGUUGUGGUCUGACUGUCCUUUACAUAUAAAAUUGUCAAAGUUAUACAGCUUUUUAAAACAAAUGCUUCAAAAGAUUCCGGGAGAUUUUUUUUAUGAUAAUUAUGAAUUAGUUUUAUAAUUAUUGAUACUAAUACUCAAAUAUACAUCGAACCACAAUAUUUAAGAACUGAACACUUAUCGCUCUUGAAAAGAGAGGAUAAAGAGGACAGAGAAGGCAUCCCCCAUACACACCCUAUUUCAUAGGUAAUUCGUCUAGAGCUAUUUUUACGACCACAGAUCCCAAAGGGGAUUAGACAACAGCCAAUCACAUAGAGGCGAGUGUGUUCCGGGUGGAUGACCCACGCUCAGAGCCACGCGUCCUUCACGAGUUGACGCAGAACAAAAUGGAGGAAGAAGCGGAGAGCGAUAUUGCUAUUCGUUUUGUCGACGAAAACGACUACAGAGAGAUUUAAGCUAAAGCUGUGUCAGCGAAACGGAAAUUUAAAAAAAAUCGCCCUUACUCUCUUGUAUAGAGCUAACAGUACAGCAGGGAAAUCCUUAACACACUGAACAUUCUCUCAGGAUCAUUUAUAAUUUACAGUUUGAAGAGAGCAAUUUCUGGUUUGAUAUUUAUUCUUUUAUUAGUAUUUUAUUGUUCAACCAAAAAAACACUUGGUGCCCCACUUGCUUUAUAGUACAAACGACCGGUUUCAAUAGACCGGCGAAAUUUCUCAUUUUAUUAAAGCACUGAGGCUACGACAACUUCGAGUUAAACUGAUUUCACGGGUUGUCAAAGAGUCCAGCGAUUCCCUUUUCCCAGGUGAGCGACGACUCAUUUCGCUUCAAUAUUCAGGAAUGCUCUCGAUCUCUUUACGCUUUCAUUGCCUUUCGCCCGACAUGUUUUGCACGGAAUUUAGUCAUGCGAAACCUCCACGAAACACCCACCCAGCGUACGAGGUAACUUUAUCCCGAUUCUAAAAAUAACUCGGGACGAAUUUCCUAUGGAAUAGGGUGUGUAUGGGGGAUGCCUUCUCUGUCCCCUUUAUCCUCUCGUGCUCUUGAUAAUGAUGUUCGAAACAUCGAAACGUCAAGUAACGUUCUUAAGUUUAAUUUUUCUUUUUAAAUUCUUCAAAAAGCAACUGACUAUCGGAUCUUCUCACUGCUUAUUAUUGUGAUUUACUAUAAUACAGUUUUGGCGCUGCUACUCAUGGCGGUUCAAGUGAAAGCACGUGCCCAUACCCUUUCGAUGGUAAACGUGGAGUUCUGGCGCAUGCGUACUUUCCAUCGGAUGGCCGCGCACACUUUGACGAAGACGAAGACUUUACUGACAACACCUCACAAGGAAUUAACUUGCUUUGGGUCGCCACUCACGAAUUUGGUCACUCACUUGGUAUCGCUCAUUCUGAUGUUCAAGGUGCUAUCAUGUACCCUUACUACACGGGGUACGUGGAAGGCAUGGAGCUACACUCUGAUGACAUUGCUGCAAUCCAGUCUCUUUAUGGUAACGUAUUGGAAUUU